AUGGAUCUUGGCAAAACCGAAGAAUUGGAGAAAGAACCUCCAACUUAUGCUCCCCCACCUUCAGCUCCGGUGCAGGUGAAUCAAGUCGCGCCAGCGCCGAUGCAACAACCAGUUAUUCAAACUCAACCUGUUGCCCUCCAGCAUGGCUAUCAUGAGCAACCACGAAUGAGUAUUGUUCAACCGAUGGUGACACCGAUGAUGGCCGCGCCAAUUGUAACCGCUCCAAUGGUGCUUCAAGAGCAAUCUAAAGGCAGCUGGAAGUACCCGAAUGUAUGCGACCUUUGCUGUGACAAGAUGUGCUGGUAUGCUUGGUGCUGCACUCCUUGCAUUUUCGGAGAAAUCGGCGAGAAGCUUGGACACAACUACUGCGAUCACUGGUGUUUGGGAUUUUGGUGCGGUAUUCAGGCUGGUUUCUGUUUCGUUAUGGCUCAGCGAUGGCAGAUUCGUGAGCGAUACAACAUCCAGCAGGUUAGCUUCUGCGGGGAUUACUGCACCUACUGGUAUCUGCCGUGCUGUAUGCUCGCUCAGAAUUGGCAUCAGCUUCACUAA